GAGAGCCGCGGCGGGGAGAGGAGGGAGCGCAGAGGCACGGCGGACGGAGUGCGCGAAGGACCGUGACAGUCCGGAGUUUAACAAGAAGAAGAAGAAGAAGACACCAAAGUGGAACCUUCACCUGCCGCCGACAAAAAAACAAAACAAAACAAAACCCGCCGAAAGCUCCUCCGGUGCAAACAUGCGAUUUGCCAGACAUUUGCGCGCCCGUGCUUCACUUGUGCCUUCGCUAACACCUUCAGGGAGUUCACAUGUUCCUGCGCGUCGACGGGGAGGCGAUGUUUAGAGCCGCACGGGAGUUUGGAUGCGCGUUUCGUAGCUUUCUCUAAAACGGGGGGUAGGGGGGGAACAAUUUUGUUGAAUUCAAAACUGCGCCAAGGAGAGCAACCGCGAAUGUAGCCUUCAGGGGGGCAAAGAGAGCGACAGAGACAGAGAGAGAGGAAGCGAAACGCGGCUACCUGGUUGUGUCCUCCUGCGGUUAUCCUCCUGUGUUCGCCUUUCGCUUUCUCGCCUUGCCGUGUGGAGGAGCAGGAGGAGGAGGUGGGGGGGAUGCAGGUGAAGAAGCACCGGGACUCGGACCGGAGCGGCGGCGGGGACAUGCUGGAAGGAGACGGCCUCCGUAAAAACUCCUCAUGCUUCUCAAAUAUCAAGAUAUUCUUGAUAUCGGAAUGCGCCCUCAUGUUGGCACAGGGCACCGUCGGAGCAUACCUGGUGAGUGUGCUGACCACCCUGGAGCGGCGGUUCAACCUGCAAAGCGCUGACGUCGGAGUGAUAGCCAGCAGCUUCGAGAUAGGCAACCUGGCGCUGAUCCUGUUCGUCAGCUACUUCGGGGCCAAAGCGCAUCGGCCCCGUCUGAUCGGCUGCGGGGGCAUCGUGAUGGCGCUCGGCGCUCUCCUUUCCGCCUUGCCCGAGUUUCUCACGAAGCAGUACGAGAUCGGGGAAAUGUGGAGGACUGACGCGGGUCGGGACGUUUGCGCCAACACCAGCAGCAAGGAGGCUCAGCUGGCCGAGGACGCUGUGUGCGCCAACAAGGCCAGCACCAACAUGAUGUACCUGCUGCUGAUCGGUGCCCAGGUCCUGCUGGGGAUCGGAGCCACGCCGGUGCAGCCUCUGGGGGUUUCCUACAUCGAUGAUCACGUGAAGAAGAAGGACUCCUCACUCUAUAUAGGAAUCCUUUUCUCCACGCUGGUGUUUGGACCCGCCUGCGGCUUCAUCCUCGGCUCAGUCUGCACUAAAUUCUACGUGGACGCUAUCUUCAUCGACACCAGUAAGCUGGGCAUCACUCCGGACGACCCGCGGUGGAUCGGGGCCUGGUGGGCAGGCUUCCUCCUCUGUGGCGCCUUACUCUUUUGCUCAGCUCUCCUGAUGUUCGGCUUCCCUCAGUCGCUGCCAACAAAGGAGAGAGAGGAAGGAGCAGACAGCGAGCAGGUCAUGCUUCCUCCCUCUCUGAGCCCAGAGUAUGAGACUCCAAAGCCCAGCAACGGCGUGAUGCCGAACCAUGAGCCUGCCAACAGCCCCACCUGCUGUCAGCAGCUCAGGGUGAUCCCCAAGGUGACCAAGCACCUCCUGUCCAACCCAGUGUUCACCUGCAUCAUCCUGGCGGCCUGCAUGGAGAUCGCCGUCGUGGCCGGCUUUGCCGCCUUUCUGGGGAAAUACCUCGAGCAGCAGUUCAACCUCACCACCACCUCAGCAAACCAGCUGUUAGGUAUGACAGCCAUCCCAUGCGCUUGUCUGGGGAUCUUCAUGGGCGGUCUGCUGGUGAAGAAGCUCAACCUGUCGGCGCUGGGGGCCAUCCGCAUGGCCAUGCUGGUCAACCUGAUCUCCACCGCCUGCUACGUCUCCUUCCUCUUCCUCGGUUGUGACACGGGUCCUGUCGCUGGAGUGACGGCCACAUAUGGCAACGAGACGCUAACGGUGGGAAAGAAACCGGAGGCUCCGUGCAUCAAUCACUGCAACUGCUUCACCUCCUCCAUCAGCCCGGUGUGCGGCUCCAACGGCGUCACCUACUUGUCGGCCUGCUUCGCCGGCUGCAGCCCGAGGGGAAGCGCGUCCAACACGUCUCAGAACCUGAGGGGAUGUUCUUGUAUAUCAGCCGCCGAGGGCGAACUGGGCACGGCGCUUCCAGGGAAGUGUCCGAUGCCGGGCUGCCAGGAGGCUUUCCUCAUCUUCCUGUGUGUGAUCUGUGCCUGCAGCCUGGUUGGAGCCAUGGCCCAGACUCCCUCCGUCAUCAUCCUAAUCAGGACCGUGAGCCCUGAACUGAAAUCCUACGCGCUCGGAGUGUUGUUCCUGCUGCUACGACUGCUUGGAUUCAUCCCCCCUCCUCUGAUCUUCGGUGCUGGGAUCGACUCCACUUGCCUUUUCUGGAGCACGGACUGCGGCGACCGAGGCGCCUGCCUGCUGUACGACAACGUGGCCUACAGGCAUCUGUACGUGAGCCUCGCCAUCAUCCUCAAGGGCGUCGCCUUCCUCCUCUACACCACCACGUGGUAUUGCUUGCGCAGGAACUACAAGAAGUACAUCAAAGGCCACGAGGGACACCUGACGCCGACCGAGUUUUACCCGUCUCUCAACGACGGCCCCAAACUGGUGGACAGGACAAAGUUUAUAUAUAACCUAGAGGACCACGAGUUUUGUGAAAAUAUGGAGUCCGUUUUAUAGUUCGUAAAGCAAAAAAAAAUUUCCAAAAAAAAAAAAAAAAAAAGGACAAUGUGGACAUUUAUAUUUCUCUCAAAGGAAUAUUUUAUGAUUUUAUUGUUCUUUUCUUGAAAGGAUAAAAGAGUUUUUUUUGAUAAAGGCCAUCGGUUCAGGUCACAGGAGACGUCGCUCUCCGGCUCCACGUCCUCGGUAAACUUUAUCGAAAGGGUCCAUUGUAGUCGUUUACGUAUCAGCGAGGUGUCGUCAAGUGUUGCCAGUGAAUUCCUGUGUUGACUCGGUGGUAGAAGACGACUACAGCACCGCGUGGCUCAGUCCUAGUUGUUCGUUUAGCGAGUGGACGCGACGCCACUCCGACUAUAGAUGCCAUAUGAUUUUUAUUAGGUCUGUCAUGAUUCCAGUGAUCCGUGUGAAAAAUGACAGCUUCCUUUCAGUCAGCACUGUGUGUUCUGUCUGUCACUCUCAAAAAAAAUGAGAUUUUUAUGGUUAAUUGAGAAGAAAAAAAAAAAGAAAGAAAAAAAAAAAAGAGUUUGGGUGGUUCUUCAGUUAUUUAAAAGUUGCCAAGUGUUUACAGACUAAUAGUUCAUCAGUCAAUGCAUUUUAUUUCAAUGCAGGAAGGAUUUCCUACAAAAAGAGAACAGAAACACCCUGACUGGGUUAUUAUAGUGGCCUACUAGAUGUUCUAACUGUUCAGUUUCUUGUUCUCUUGCUGGAUCGUAGACACUGUUCUUUUUUUUGAUACUGCUUAGACUAGACUGUGAGGUCUCGUCUCAUAGGUGCAAACGUGCAAUUCAUAUCGGAGAUGUUUAUUACUAGUCUCGUGUCAGACUGCAGGUUUGUUCGUUUUUUGUUUUUUCAUUCUAGCAGUUUGUUUCACUUCCAUGUUUGUUUUUACAUCUGCAGAGUUUAUUCAGCCUAAUAUGUCUUAAUAAGGGAUUAAUUAAUUAAGAAUGUUAAUUAUAUUUUCUCGUGGCACCUAGUGGAAGAGCAAAGAAGAAACUCUAAAGUCAUAUUUUUAUGUGUUUCGACAUUCGAGUAAAGGAGAUUAGGAGUAAUAUAUUUGUUUCAUUAGGCCCAGAAUGUUUUAUUAGGUUGUGUUUGAAAGGACAGUAUAAAUUAUAUAUAAUCUAAUUAUCUGGGAUGUGUGCGUCUGAUGUCACGGAAGAUUUGGGACAAUUCGUAGUGAUGAAAGUAGGAUGUUGCGUUAGUGUGGGGGGCAAAAAGAAAAACGUGUGUCUUCGAACUAGGCCUGUAAUAGUUGACGUGAAGCUUAUAGACGGCGUGCGCAAGGUCGAAGCGAACAGCACUGAAUUUAUUCCUGGACGACGUGACUCGGCACACGCGACCUGUUACUCUACUGAUCUCUCUGCAGUUACAGUUUUGACAUUGUCCCUUUUCUUACACUUUUUGUAUGGCAACAUAUGGUUUAUUUUACUCUGGAAAUAAAUUAUUUUUCAGAAAAUUAA